CAGGCACUGGCAACCAGGAAAUUCAGAUAUGUUGAACAGUCUUUGGAGGGCUAUUAAGAAUUGGAGAGGCAAUCACUUGAGUUGGUCAGAGUUAUAAUUGUCCAUUAGUACUGGCCAUGGGCAUGAUUUUCCAAUGUUUGGAGGCAACGACAGGAUCUUAAUGGUUAAUGUAUCCCUAGCUGGCACCUUGUACUCAUGGGCAGAUUUCAUAGGAACAUAUACAAAUAUGUUUUGUUUUCCAUCUCCAGAAGUUCCAGAAAACUGCAAAUUACUAUCAGAAAAGGAACCACAUGAUGCAGUUAAACAACAGUAUCUGUGUGAUCUGACAAUACUUAUCACAAUGUACAGCAUGACACCUCACAAACAUGUGUAUGUAAGGGACAGAAUGCAUACUGCCUACAAACAUUUAAAAUGUAAAAAAAAAAAAAAACACACGUGAUUGUGAGGAUUUUUUGUCAAUAUUCACACCAGUUUUGAUGUUUUUAACUCCAGUUCAGUCAUAUAAUUUAGUUUACAGCUUUUUUUUAGGUGCACAACAGACAGCUGUUCUUUUCUGUAAGCAGACAAUAAAGUUUUGGUUACUAAGGCCUUCUCGACGGCUAGAUAAUAUAUGUUUUCCAUUUUCUGUGUUAAACCUGUGAGAUGUGAGCUCAUCAGGAAAGACAAAGGAUGUUACGAUUAUCACAGAGGCGCCAUCUACAGUUCAACUCCGAGCUCUACAAGAUGCGAAAGAGACGCAGAGGCGCAUCAGGAUAUUCAGGUGCUGAGGAUAAAAUUAUCUCUUGGGUAGGCCUGCUGUAAAAUAGCCAGUAGCAUCAACCAGGAUUCUGCACAUUUAAAUGCAAAAUGUAGAUUUGACUGCCCUUACAUUGUGAAAAGUGACAGUUUUUUUUUCUUUUUGAGCUCACGGGUGUUUUGGCAUACGACUAAUUUGAUCGGCAACAUGUGAUUGGCUGUCAACAUUUGAUUGUGUGAAAACUGUAGCCAAAUAUUCAAUUAGCAUAGGCUACUUCAUGUGUGGGAACCAUUUAUUCGCUGUCCACAUGAUCUCGGAAUGGCGACAGUAGACAAGCUUGACAUUUUUGCACGUCAUAAGCGCACAGCGUAAGGUUUACGUCACUGAAAUCAUCUGGCUCUGAGAAGAUGCUGGCAGAGCCUACAGAAAUAAAAAAUGAAAAGGUUUUUUUGUGAAGGAAUCGAAGAAUGCGUGGUUUUAAAUCCAUCGCAAUACUGUUGACUCCGGCUAUAACGCAAUCCCUCGACCUGAUGGGACAUAGAAGAUCACAGAUGCCAUGCAAGGAGGUCUGGAGGAAUUUUACUUUAACUUCAUCAAUAAAACAUUUAAUUUAAUGUUCAAAGAAGAAGUGUUCCUUUAAAAAAUGUUUGGUGUGGUUUAAAGUGAAGAACCACCUUCCAAAUUUUCACAGACAAAUCAUAUGGUAUUUGUAAUAUUUCCCAGAAACCUUUCAUAGCUAGCCAACAUGUAUGGUAGUGCUCGCUCAGUCAACAAAAAUGACUCCAAGGCCAGCCAUGGUGCAGGAAAGAACAACCAGAGCUCCGGACGCUCCCCUCGACUGCCCCGCUCCCCUCGCAUAGGUCAUCGGCGCACCAAUAGUAUGGGUGGCAGCGGUGGAGGCCCAGGGGGUGGGGGAAAGACUCUCUCCAUGGAGAAUAUACAGUCCCUCAAUGCGGCUUAUGCCACCUCUGGCCCCAUGUACAUGAGUGACAAUGAGGUAGCCAUCGCCACCACCUCUGAUCUGCCCAAGAGCACGGUCACGCUGGCACGUUCCAGUGGACGGGUGCCCUACGGGGUCCGCGGAGCUAUCAUGGGCAGCACCCCAGAAAUGGCGGUUGCACUUCCUGGUAUGGCAGUGACACCCUGUGAUACUAUGGGUUUCGCAGAGCUCCAUGCGGCCUCCACAGUGCCCCACUCCCUGCGGCAGGCGCGUGACAACACUAUCAUGGAGCUGCAGGUGCAGCUAAAAGAGGUGCUGCGGGAGAACGAACUCCUGCGGAGAGAGGUGGACAUCAAGGAGAGUAAACUCAGCUCUUCCAUGAACUCCAUCAAGACAUUCUGGAGCCCCGAGCUGAAAAAAGAGCGUGCCUUGCGCAAGGAUGAGGUGGCCAAGAUCUCUGUGUGGAAGGAGCAGUACCGUGCUCUUCAAGAUGAAACUCAGCAUCUUCAAACCAAUAUGCAAGCCCUGCAAGCAGAGCUGCUUUGUGUUGUGUUAGUGCUGGCCAACUUCAGGGGGCUGGUGCAGUGUGGUCUACCCCUGGAGAUUGGAGACACGGUGCAGAUUCUGGAGAAAUGUGAAGGUUGGUAUAGAGGAUUCAUAAUUAAGAAUCCAAGUACUAAGGGAAUUUUCCCAAGCUGUUACAUCCAUUUGAAGAAUGCUCAUAUCAAGAACAAAGGGCAGUUUGAAACUGUCAUUCCCAUGGAGGACUCUGUCAUCACAGAGAUGACCGUGAGCUUGAGGGACUGGGGAGUCAUGUGGAAGCAGCUCUAUGUGAAAAAUGAGGGUGAUCUCUUCCACCGGCUGUGGCACGUGAUGAAUGAGAUCCUGGAGCUGCGGCAGCAGGUUCUGGUGGGCCACCUGACCCAUGACUGCAUGAGCAACAUCAAGCAGCAUAUCACAGCGCGCCUGGACUGGGGCAAUGAGCAGCUAGGUUUGGAUCUUGUUCCCAGGAGGGAAUUUAGCAUGGUGGACCCAGACGAGAUCAGCGUCACGGAGCUCUACCAGCUGAUGGAGCGGAGGCACCGGAAGAAAGAGCUUCCUGCUCAGGCCAGCAUGCAUCACCUCUUUGUUCAGAUGAAGGGUCUGAUGAGCGCCAGCUUGGGGGAGGAGCUGGAAGUAUUCCUCUUCAUCUACGACAGCAGAGAAAGUCGUCCAAUCAGUGAGAGGGUCGUAGUGCGUCUGAAUAAACAAGGAGUUCCAAGUACGUUGGAGAAGACUGAACGGCAAUGCACUCUCUUUGUUGAUUUGGGGAGUAGCGAUCUACGAAAAGAUGUUUAUGUUGUAGCUCAUAUUAUUAGAAUCGGGCGAAUGGUGGCAGGGGAGAAGAAGAAUGUCUGUAAUGCACAGUACAGACGGCCUUUGGGCUGUGCCAUCAUCAGCAUUGCUGACCUCUUGACUGUAGAUUCCAAGGAUGACCACCUACUGAAGGUGUAUGCAUGUAAUAUGGAAAGUGAAUGGUACCAGAUUCAUGACAACAUCAUCAGGAAGGUCAGCUCCAGAUACAGCCUGGUUGGGUCCAACACGGGACUGUCCAUGUCACUGCAGCUGCUCCACGGAGACAUGGAGCAGAUCCGGAAGGACUACAUGCGCCUCUUCACCCGGAACAUCUCCAUCACCAAGAGACUCGGCUUCUCUGACAUCAUCAUACCAGGGGAGAUGAGGAAUGAUCUGUAUGUAACAUUGGAGAAGGGUGAAUUUGAGAAAGGAGGGAAGAGUGUCGCUCGUAAUGUGGAGAUCAGUGUACACGUCCUUGGAACUGAUGGACAGAUUCUCAAGGACCUGGUCUGUGCUGGCUCUGGAGAGCUAGGAGUGGAGCAGCAUCAUUCGUUUGUGCUGUACCACAGUAACAGCCCGCGAUGGGCAGAGCAGAUCAAACUGCCCAUCCCUAUGGAGCUGUUCAGAGGGCUGCACAUCCGCUUCGAGUUCAGGCACUGCUCCACCAAGGAGAAGGGGGAGAAGAAGAUCUUUGGCUUCUCGUUCGUCCCGUUGAUGCAGGAGGAUGGAAGCAUACUUCCUGACGGAACACACGAGCUUAUCGUUCACAAGUGUGAAGAUACAACGUAUUUCCAGGAUGUUACUCGGUACAUCAAGCUUCCCUGUUCUAAGGCAAACAUGCCUGGAAAUAAUCAGCCUGGACGCAACAGCAAGGAGUCCUUCUGGAUCACAUCCUUCUUGUGUUCCACCAAACUAACUCAGAACGGUGAUAUACUCCACCUACUGGAGUGGAGGACACAUCCAGAGAGGAUUGCUGAUUGCCUGUCUAAGCUGAAGGACAUUGACGGUACUGAAAUUGUCAAGUUUUUACAGGAGACACUGGAUACUCUGUUUGGUAUUUUAGACCAGAGCUCGCAGAGGUAUGGUCUCAAGGUGUUUGACUGCUUGGUACAUAUAAUAAAUUUACUGCAGGAUAGUAAAUUUCAGCAUUUUAAGCCAGUGAUGGACACCUACAUUGAGAGUCACUUUGCUGGAGCUCUGUCAUACAGGGAUCUUAUCAAACUACUGAAGUGGUACAUUGACCGAAUCAUUGAUGCAGAACAUCAUGAACAGAUUCAGCAGGUUCUGAAGGCAGCUGAGUAUAUUUUCAAGUACAUUGUUCAGUCAAGGAGACUCUAUGCAGGAGCAACAGGUGGCCAGGGUGAGGAGGAGUUUCGCUGCUCCGUCCAUGAACUCUUCAAAUCUGUCCAUCUCUUCCUCUCUCAUGAGAGCAAAGGCAUCAGCCCCAUCACACACACCCAGGCUGUGUUCCUGAGGUCCUUCCCUACAGUGUGCUGUGAGCUGCUCAAGGUCUUCCUGGUCCGAGAGGUGGCUGUGCUGGCCCAUGACACCCUGGGCAGUCUGCCUGUGAUGGCUCACACGGACUGCCCCCUCCAGGCCGUCAAACUACAGUGCAUCGCCAAGACUGUGGAGAGCCCACUGUACACCAACCACGAGUGCCGCUGUGUGGUCCUGCCAGUGAUCCUGCGUCACCUUCAGGUGCACAUGCAGGAGCAGAGAGACCUGGUCAUGUGUGCUCACAUCCUCACCAGCAUGCUCACGCUCAUCACGAAGGACGGCACGGAGUGUGUGGCCUCUGAGGAGGUGAAUGUCAUCAUGGACAGCAUGGCAGCUGGACUUCUGAGAACCAUCCUGGAGGUCACCAACUGCCCACAGCCUGCUGGGACGGCCUUGCGUCUGCAGUACCAGGAUGUCACGGGUGAAUUCGUGGCCUGUUUACUCACCCUCCUGAGGCUGCUAAGUGAUAAAGAUUACCAAAGAUUUCUGUCAAGAUUCUCAAGCAAAGAUGAGCUUAUGACUUUUCUCCUGCAGUUAUUCACUGUCUUUGAAAUACUCAUACGUCCAGAUAUGUUCCCCAAAGAUUGGACAGUCAUGCAGUUAGUCACCAGCAAUGUAAUUAUCACCUCACUCCUGUACCUCUCAGAUGCCCUGAAGAAGAACUUCCUCAGUGAAAAGUUUGACUUCAAGGUGUGGGAGUCCUAUUUUUAUCUGGCUGUCAUCUACAUAAACCAGCAGUGUCUCCAGCUUGAGAAGUUCCCUCCCUCCAAAAGAAAAAAAGUGUUGGAAAAGUAUGGAGACAUGAGGGUUAUGGUUGGAUGUGAGGUCCUCAGCAUGUGGCAGAGUUUAGAAGAGCACAAGCUGAACUUCAUCCCUGCCAUGAUUGGGCUCUUCCUGGAGGCCACACUGGUGCCCCAGCCUGACCUGCGCAAUGUGAUGAUCCCCAUCUUCCAUGACAUGAUGGACUGUGAACUCAGCAGAAGUGGCAACUUCAAACAGGUGGAGGCUAAAUUGAUUGACAAGCUGGACAGCCUGAUGUCUGAGGGCAAAGGCGAUGAGACAUACAAGGAACUCUUCAACAACAUAAUUCCCCUGUUUGGCCCAUAUCCAAGUCUGCUGAAGAAGAUCGAAAGCGAGACCUGGAGGGAGAGUGGAGUUCCAACAAAGUUUGGUGUGCUACUCAUCGACAAAUCUCUCAGAACUACACCAAAAUGA